AUGAAAUUGGGAUCAGGUGUCAUUUUUGAUGAAGCAGAAUGUGAAGUUCAUUCUUGUUUGUCGGCUUAUCCUUUGCAUAAUGUACCAGAGAUCCUGAAAUUGUUUGGAUUUAAUUGCAAACAAACAGUUGAUGCUUUGGAGGAAUUGAUCAAGAUAUACAAAUGCAGUGAAAUGGAUACUUCAAGAAUGAGUAAUGUUAUGAUGAAUGAUGCAGUGAUGGAUAAUUUCAUUUAUGAGUUCUCAAAAAAUGCACAAGUUAACGAGCUUAGUGGAAGAGCAACUUACUCUGGCAUUGACGCCAGCAAUUUAAGAAACGGAAGAUCAUCAGCAGUAUGUCAGCCCGUUGAGUUUACCAAUACCAAUGUGAGUGUCACAAAAGGUCCUCACCUUGAACGUGUCAUCUCCAAAGUAAAUCAGGAUUCACCACCAUUGGCUGUUGAUAAGAAUCAGUUUAGCGUCACUCUCCAUCCAACACUUUCUCAGGGAGCAGUUUCUGCCAGAAAAACCAGCACUGUGUCACCAAAGGCAAUAAAAGAAUUAGAUGGUGAUAAGAUCAUGAACAAUUAUUUCCCCGAAGUUUAUGAUAAAAGUUCUUUCUCCAUUAACACCACUAAUCAGCCCAUGUUCAACCCUGUUGCUUUACCUAUUUCAAAUGGCUUAGUGCGAGAUAACACUACUUGUAAGAUUUCUGAUUCAGAGGAAGUUUGGACAAAUGUGUUUGCUACUCAUCCAACAUUAACUCAAGAUCCAAAAACUUGUGAUGUUCUUGGAAAAAUGUGUGUGUUCAGUAUGGAAACACCUAUUGACCAGUUUCAGUUUACAACUGGAAGAGAUGUAAUAUCUGUUACAGGUGGAAAAGAAACAGUGGUCUUUAGUGAACCCAGUAAACCUAUCAGUUGUCCUUCAUUGCUUCAAGACCUGGAAGUGCCACGCAAUCGAUGCUUGAAGCAUAAUGUUAACCAGAGUGAAUUACGUAAACCCAUCAGACUCAGUUCUGGUUUUUCUUUUUCUGGUUCAGUAGCAUCAGGAAACCAGGAAAAGUUAAAUUCUAUCCAGUGUAUCCCAACACAUAAAUCAGUCACUGUCAGUGACAAAGAAAAUGACAAUGGCUUAUUUAAUAGUAAUGCAGACUGUUGUAAACCAAGUGAAAAUGUACAUACUGCUGCCAUACAAGAGAAGAUAUCCAGUAAUCUUGUUGCCGCUAGACACAGUCUUAACAGUGGCAGUUGUGAACCAGGAAAGAAUAAUUCUCUUUAUAAGUUUGGUAAUUUGUGUUUGUCAUCAGAUGUUAUUACAUCACAAACAAACCAGAUGACCCUUGCAGCACAUAAUAAGAUUGUAUAUGAUAAUGUGUCUGUUGUAUCACCAUGUGAUCUGUAUAUGGUAAAUAAAAUUCCUUUAAAAAACGAAAAUCAAAACCUACUGACCACUGACACCUCAGCUUCAGCCAAUUCUAAAAAAGUUGAAGAUAAUUGCCAUUCAGUGAGUGGCUGCAAAGAAUUCAGAGGAAAUGAUAGUGAGCUUAAUGAAUGUGAUAGUAGGAUAUCACAUGAAAGGAAGAUUGGAGAUCCACAAAGCAAUAUGAAUCAAGCUGGCAGCAGAAAUGUUUCUUUACCACAACUAACUUCUGGCAGUCAAAUUAUUCAUAAUGUUGAUGAGCAUCAUGAUGAUGGAAAUAAUAUGUUGAAAGAUGUUAGAAAUGAAGAACUUGGAAAGAAAAAUAGUUUGUCUGAGGAUCAGGCUGGAUCAGCUAUUUGUGGCUUUGUCACUGAUAAUCUGCAGUUUUCUGACAGUAAUGUCAUUUCUGUUAGAAAAUAUCCUAGAGAUAAUAGUGACUGUGAAGCAAGGAACAUUUGUCAGAAUCUUGGAUCAAAAGAUGUAACUCAUUCUCAGUUUGCACAUGAUGCUUCUUUGAAAAUUAAUAGUAGCAGUGCAGAGAUGUCUGUUGUAGAGAUUUCAGAGAAAGGCUUAAAAGAUAGCAACAAGAGUCAGUGCUGUGAGGAAGAUAGUAGUCCCAAUAAAAAACCAGUCAAUGAGACAGAAGGAAACUUAAGGGUGUCUCAUCUUUCUGGGUGUACAGACUGUGAAGAAGGUAAUCUAAGCAAUGUGAUAGAGGUUGUAGAUAGAUCCUCUAGUGAGAAAUGUGAUUUAGAAGCGAGGAAUGUGACUCAUAUGGAGCAAGCAACAAGGAAAGUUAAAGAAAAACUAAACAGUACACACCAGCAUAAAUCAGAAGAAAAAUUUUGUAGAGAACCAGUAAUAUUGUACAAUUCACCAGUUAACAGAAUAAUUUAUAAAAAUACGUGUCCAGAAUUACUACAAACACCACCACAACCCAGAGCAAUUUGUCAACUCUCGACUGAAGAAGCAAAAGAAACUGAAGCAGAUGUGGACUAUGAUAAGCAGCCUUGUCAUUCAACUAGUUUAAAGAUGAUAUCCCCACCUGAUGGAUAUGCAACAAAUAUAAAGAUGAAUUGUGAGUUAAGCUCUAGCAGUGAUCAGAAUUCCAGACACACACUCGAAAAGUUUCACACAGUUGGUGGAAGUCAACUGUUGACUGAAGAAGAAGAAGAAGAAACAAAAGCUGAUAGGGAAUAUGAUAACCUGGAUUCUCCACCAAAUGUUGAAGAUCGUGAGCAGCUCUUACAGGAAUUAAAAUUCUUGGACUUAAGUCUGCAAUUAAAGAAGCAUGAAUACAAAACUAUUGUAAAUAAUGUCACUGAUGUUGCUUCACCAUUAGUCCAUCAUACCUUGGAAAAGUUGAAACUGGUAAUCUCUGAACUAAAGGAAAAGUACAAGAAAAAGAAAAAUCACAUUAAAAAUCUUACUGGAGAACCAGUGUGUCAGUUGGAGAUGGAGAAGCAGCAGCCUUGUCACGCAGCAAGAUUAAAAGUGAAAUCCCUUCCUGAGAGACAUACCACAGAUGUUAAGAAGCCAUGUGAACGAAGCUCUGCCAGUGAUCAGAAUUCUAAACGUGUAUGGGAAAAGUGUCCCACAAACACUGAUAUAUCCCCUGACCAAAAUGGUGGAGAUGUUAAGCUUCCUGUGUCCCUAGGCAGUAAUCGUGUCACUGUCAAAAAUCUCUCCAAUACAGAAAAUUUGACUGAAGGGCAUAAGGAAGUCAGUACAAUGUUACUGGUAAUCACUGUGUACUUAGUAAUAAUUUAUCUAAUAUAAAUUACAAGCAAAAUACAUUUAUUAAGAAUACCAUGGAUAAGUUUGAUCAUGUCCCUACCCACCCAGGGAUGAAUGGCAUUGCCUACUUGCCACAAAGAAGUUUUAAAGAGCAAGAUCGGUUUGGCACUGUUCCUUAUCCUGCUUGUCCACUGUUAGGAAUGCAAAACAGGUACACCUGUGCAUUGCAUGUAGAGAGUCAGAAUAGAUGUUUACCUAAUGCAGGAUAUCCCCUGAUGUUUCCACCAUAUCUGCAAGCAAAUCCUGGUCCUCAGUUUAUGUUUCCAGUAAGACCUGUUUCCUUAACAUUCAACCGUUUCACCCAUCCCUCCAUAUGGCCUUUUCAGUAGGUUUGCACGGAUUAUCAUCUCCUCUGUUUUCACCCAUCCCUCCAUAUGGCCUUUUCAGUAGGUUUGCACGGAUUGUCAUCUCCUCUGUUCAGUUUUAUUACCCGUCUCACCCACUUCUCAAGAACUUUCCCUUAUCUAAGGUAAUUGUAUUCGUAUAAGGUUAGUAUACAAAAGAUUUUUUUUAGUGUUCAAAAGUUAUGCAGUCUGAUUUUUUAUUGUAAAGGGAUGCUAUUUUAUUAUGAGGCAAAUUUUUGGGAUUUAAUAAUAAUAAUAAUAAUAAUAAUAAUAAUAUCCUUUAUUUGAAAGAAAAUAAGUAUAUGAAUCUUCUGAAAGGUAAAGAUAGACAAAACUCAUUGUGUUCUAUUUUCUCAAUGAUCUCACGCAAUUUAUUCAGUGAGAUGCUUUGCUAAUUUUGUGUUGUCAACAUAUUUUGUAUAUUAUGUACACAAGGAAUUUAUAUGUGUAUGUCAAGAUAAUUUUGUCAUUUUUAUGAAUUAGGUUAAUCUUUGUUCAUAGCAAGUAAAUAAGCAAAUCAGCAAGGUAAAGAACAGAUGAGUCUAAGGUGAUCAAAUGCUGGCAUACAUUUUAGAGAGGAAAACAGGAAAGGAGUUUGAAUAUAUAGCAUUAUUAGAUUUAGUUUAAAACCAUCGAAUAACUCAGGGCAUUGACACAAAACUAUGAUGUUUAUGAAUGCCUUGCUCCUCCAUGCGUUAUUGUGUAAAUGUAUUUCCUGUUUUCCUUUUUAAAACUUACUAGCACAUUGGUUGACAGUAAUGCAUCCAUGUAUAUUGCAAAGUGUUUCUGCUAAGAUAGUUUGAAGACAGUAUGCCAUAUAUGAAUGCUAAAAGGGUGAAUUUUAUUUUAGAAUUAUCAUUGUCCUGCUUUUUUUGAUUUAAUAAAAAUCGGUUCAAUA